AAGAAAAACUAUUUCCUAAACGGCAAAAUAAAUGUUGUCGUAACUUAUUUUUCUCUAUUAAAUAAAAGGGCAAUUUCGGGAAUCCAGUUUCAGUUUCCCGCCAUUAACCGUUAUAAUAACAGAUCAGGCACGUCCCAACCGCCACCGGAUACCGAACGGAAAGACAAGAAAGAACCUUACCUCUUCUCUCUCUCUCUCUCUCUUUCUCUUUCUCUCUCUCUAUAAUACUCACAAAAGCACUCAUCCACGGUGGUCUGCCCACCACCACCGUCAUGGCUCCUCCGGCGUACUCGGCAUUGAUCACGCUACUCACUACAUCAGCGCUCAUCCACUUCACAGCAGCUCAGCCGCCGCCGGCAAAGGCUUCGUCGCCUUCUCUUCCAUCACCACCGGCUCCGGGCUGCGUUGGUGAGCUGGUCCUGUUCUCUCCAUGCCUAUCUUUUGUCUCGUCUCCGCCUAACAACCGCUCCAAGACGGCCCCAUCCAAGUGCUGUGAUGCGUUCAUUGCUGCGAUCAACUCUGGUGACGGCCCCUGCCUCUGUUAUCUUCUCCGCCAGCCUCGAUUGCUGGGGUUUCCGGUCAAUGGGAGCAGAGUUCUUUCUCUGUCUUCGGUAUGUUUUCCCGACAAGUCUUCUAGGAGAGGCAAUUUGCAGGCGAUUUGCUCCGGUUCUUCUCAAGCACGGCCACCAUUCAAGAAUGGAACAGUAUCAGGGGUUUCAAACACUUCUCACUCUGGUCCUAAUAAUCAGUCAACCCCCUUUAAGAGCUUGCCACCAAAUUCUAAUAACACGAGAACACCAUCAAGUUUUCCAUCAGACACCGAGAACUCAAGUACAAAGGCGAACCCACCAGCGGAACUCAACCAGGGACAACAAACACCGUCAGAGGCGCCCAGUUCAGUGGUUGUCGAUCAGUUGUCCGGCAGCUUCAAUUCUACGUCUCAAAAGGACUUGCUGCCGCUGGUUCUUCUUCUCAUCCUCAUUUGCCUAUAGUGUUAUGCUCAGCAUGUAUCAGCAUACAACCAUUUUUUAAGCAUUGUUUUCCAUCACUGACAUUUACCUUUUAGCAAAUUUGAAUAGCCUGUUAUUUCUUUUGAAUAGAGAAAUGAAAUAAUUUUCUGAUUCUUUAAGACUCUUGUCAGUUGAAGUUCAGCAAAAACAAUUUCGCUGAGAGCUAAUGUAGAUCUCUUACAUGAUCUUUCCCUUGUUGCAUAGUACAAAAACAUGAACAUGGUAAAAUGUCAUUAUACUUUUCUAUAAAUCAAGAAAGCUUUCCUUGCA